AAACACACCAACAAACAAACCAUCCCCCACACGCACUCCCAUCACAUGCCCCCUCCUCUUUCUCCCCUCCCCUCCUCCUAAAACCCAAACCCCUUCUAACUCUCUCCAUCUUCACCUCCUCCAAGUAUCCUGUCAUCAUAAUAACGAUGGAGAGGUGUUGGGAGAGUGGAGGUGGUGGAGCGGUGGAGGCGCACAAGGCGGUGCCGGCACCCUUCCUGACCAAGACCUACCAGCUGGUGGACGAUCCCUCCACCGACCAUAUCGUGUCGUGGGGCGACGACCGCGUCUCCACCUUCGUGGUGUGGCGCCCCCCCGAGUUCGCCCGGGACCUCCUCCCCAACUACUUCAAGCACAACAACUUCUCCAGCUUCGUCCGCCAACUCAACACCUACGGGUUCAGGAAGGUGGUGCCGGAACGAUGGGAGUUUGCAAAUGAGUUCUUUAGAAAGGGAGAGAAGCACCUUCUUUGCGAGAUCCACCGGCGAAAGACCUCCAACUCGGCAGCCCCGUCGCCGUCUUCGCCCCCUUUGUUUCCUCCCCACCACCUCCCUCUCUACCACCACUUCCCCGAUGACCAUCACCUCGUCGGCCCCCCGCAGUGGCGCGACUCCCCCUCGCCGCGCCUUCUUGCUCUUGGAAACGGGGGUAACGGUGGAGCGCCGCCGGCGCCCCCCGCGACGGCGGCGGCCCUGGUGGAGGAGAAUGAGAGGCUCCGGCGGAACAAUGCGGCGCUGCUGUCGGAGCUGGCCCACAUGCGGAAGCUCUACAACGACAUCAUCUACUUCGUCCAGAACCAUGUCCGCCCCGUCGCCCCAAGCUCCGCCGCCUCCACCCUUCUGCUUUCCGCCACCAACGCCGGCGGCGCCGGCAGCUUCUAUCAUCACCGGAAGGGCGGCCUCAACUCCGGCGGCAGCACCACCUCCAGUAGCUCCCUCACGAUCGCCGAAGAGCCCUCCCCUCCACUCGAUAACAACACCAACAACAACAAUGGAGAGAGUAGCAGUGCCCGGCCCAAGCUCUUUGGAGUGCCUCUAGGCGAACGUUCUACUAGUACCCACAAGAGAGGCUUCCAUUUGGACGCGCCCACGUCUCCCUCCACCAAGCCACGCUUGGUGCUAGGGGAGGAUUUGGGUCUCAACCUGAUGCCACCAUCUCCUCCUACUUAGCUUCAUUCCACCAAACCAAGGGUGGUCCUUUUGUUAUCUCUUGUUUGACAUUAGCUAGUUUCUUUUUAGCUUCCGCAAACCACCACGGACCCCCCCCCCCCCCCCCCCCCCCCUCGCGGGGCCGCGCCCCAAAAUUCCUGAGUUAUUGUUAGUAGUGUUGUUGCGAACUAAUGUACAUAAGUUCCCAUGCUUGGGUAGUUGGUACCAUCUUC